UUUCGUUGAAUGAACGUCAGAAAUACAUUCAUAGGUUUUCCUUGGUGUCCCGCAGGCAUUUCAGCUGUUGCUUUUGUGUAAUGAGUGGCAACGCGGUCAACAUGUCGGAUCAUGUAGGUUCCUGGGAUGUACCCUUGUCCGAUGGUGUACAUAUUGUUGACUUCGAGCACGGAACCACAUCCGGCAAGAGGAUCAUAAGGGUUGACGGCACAGAAGUUAUUCGGAAGGACUGGAUGUUCAAGUUGGUUGGCGCGGAGCAAUUUGACAUCAGUGAACAUCCUUGCACCAUCAGGAUUUCUCCAAUGGGUUCUUUUGCCUACAAGUAUACGUUGGAAGUCGAUGGAAAGAGCUACAAAAAGUUCACCGAGCGUCAGAGUCGUGUGUUGCAAACGUGGAUCGUCCCUUUGGAGGGGCAAAUGUACAGAGUUGUUCUGGAAAAGGACACGUUGGACGUCUGGGUGAAUGGCCAGCGACAAGAAACCGCAGGAGAAUUCGUGGACGAUGGAACUGAGACUCAUUUCCAGAUCGAAGGACAUGCUGCGUACGUUAAGACCGUUAGCAGUGGGAAGAGGCGAGAAGGUAUCCUUCAUACUCUGAUCGUUGACCAAUCGGAAGUUCCAGAAGCCGCGGAUUACUGAUCAUAUGGCACCACCGGAUAAUUCGUUGCGGACUUGCCGUUGAAGGGUUUUUUUCAUUCUCGAUUCAAUCUGCACGAAGCGACGGAGAAGACUUCAUGUCCUUUGCAAUAACGUGUCUAGUCAUCCGUGUUCAUGCAUCGUUGACAGAUUUUCGUCCAGUAACGAUGCGGAAAGAUUGUUCAAGCGCGUACGUUCUCGUUUUAAUCCGCUGUCGUGUUCACGAGUCAAGCUUUAUGGAAUGUUGGUCACAGAUGUUUUACGAAAUCUGAUGCUGUAAAACGUAUCAUUAGAACUUCACGGAUUGCAGCUACCCCGGAUUGACCCCAAGUUAUGACGCAAUUUUGGCCGAAAUGGAAAAAUCAAGCUGAUUUUUUAGAACCUAUUUGAUCUUCGCACAAAAGCACUGCGCUUCAAGCUACUGUACUUUUUGGGUUGUGUGGAAAUUGGCCUUAAUUGGAAUUAUCUCAUUCAUCGUUUGAAUACAGUUAGAAAAUAGCGAAGUAUGGUCUGGACUCGGUACAGGAAAGUUUAAAGCAAAUCUUAAGUGUUUCCGGCUACGUUCUUCGGAAUUAGUCUAUGCAAAUUGACAUGAUUCAUGCAUUAUUGCUUGCAAGAUAAAUUCUGACUUGACGGAAGAUUCAACGGAAUGGCGAGGAACUUCUUGGUUCUUUUAGUUAGAAGGGCUGAUAAAUCAAGUUGCGUCAUAGGACAUCUCGGUCUUACCAUGUUCUUCGAUGAGUGGUUAAAUUUUGCGUCCAAGAAUUCGCUGGAAGAGCACAUGUGAAAUAAAAAUUUUAAUAUUGGAUUAUAUAAAUAAACACAUGAAGCUUGAGUGAAA